UUGGACAGUUAUGUAGCUGAAAGUCUUCUACCUAGAAAUCAGAGCCCUUUUGAUUGGUGGACAAAGCAUAAGUUUAAAUACGCACAGUUAGCUAAUUUAGCCAGAGUAUUUCUAAGUGCUCCUGGUAGCAGUGUCUACAGCGAAAGAUUAUUUUCAGAAGCAGGAAACCUUUACGAGAAGAAACGCAACAGACUAUUGCCAGAGAGGGCUGAGAGCUUGGUGUUUCUGCACCAUAACUUACCCUUGAUUAAUUACAAAUACUAA